ACCUUCCAAAUUCCUUCAAGCUUCAGCCAUUUUCAUUUUUAGAGCAAUCUCCCCCGAAAAGAAAAAAAACUCUCCAAACAAAUUAAAGCUCUCCCACCCAAAAACCUCUCCUUCCUUACCCAACCUCGAUUUAUUUCCCCUCAAGCUUUACUUCCUCGUCAAAUUUCCCUUCUCUUGGCCGCCGAUUUUCAGUUUCUAGGGUUCCGUACCGUGUGGAAAGGAGGAUUGAGCUUAAUCGAAUCCAAUGGAUUGGGGAAACGUAACCGCGGAGGAUCUGAUCGACGCGCUUCGUGAAGUUGACUGGUCAUCACCGCCACGACCUCUCUCCGAGUUCUUCUCCCGAUUCACCGUCCCUCGAUCAUAUGCUAAAUGGAACAGCCGCCUUAAAUGCAAUCUCUACUACUAUCGAACCAACUAUUUUAUAAUGAUUGUUCUCAUUCUUGGUAUGGGAUUCCUGAGGAGACCGGUUGCUAUUUUAGCAGCAAUUUUAACAGCGCUUAGCAUCGCAUUUCUGAAUGAUAGCUUUGCUGGUACUUUUAGUGAGAAGGUGACAAGAACUGUGAGGCAAUUCUCUCCACAUUUAGCAGCGAAGAUGAGGCCUCCCCUUACGCCUGUUAUUCGUGGACGGCCGUCAGCUAAAAGAGCAAUUCACAUAUGCGGUCGGCCUCGUUGGGUGUUUGUCUUCAUAUUCUCUUCUGUGAGUUUUAUCCUUUGGUAUGUGUCCUGUGGUCUCUUCACUGUGCUAUGGGCACUUGCCAUUGCACUUCUUGCUACCAUCCUCCAUGCAAGUUUUAGAACACCUAACCUGAAGGCGCGUCUUAACACAUUCCGUGAGGAAUUUCGUGCAGUUUGGCGCAAUUACAGUGAGCUGUAGUUCACACAGUUCGUAGCAUGUGAGUAUAUCUGCAUUCAAUGUUAUAUUGGAUUUUGGCUUCUUCAUUUUGUUUGUUUUAAGGGCUUACCUUGAUUAAGAGUUUAGUGCUGUUAUUCAUGUUUUACUUUUCUAGAUUCAGCUGUUAAUCGGUUGAUUAUUUUGGAUUAUUGUAUUAUUGACAUUCUACUCUUAUAUAUUCUAAGGUUAUGGGCUUUUUAUUUCACUAUCAUGACUUGCAUGGUAGUGCAGUGGUUUGUCCUUUAAAUUCUUUCAUUUGUUUCUAUUCUCUUGUCGUUGCAUGUACGAUGUUGUGAAGCCUUCUCUAUUUAGUGUUACUGGUUACUGAGUAUCUAUGAGUAUCACUUAGUGCUUUAUUUCAUCCGAAUAUGGUAACUCUGUGAUUGUACUGGCUCCUUUUUCUCUACGGUUAAGUACUAGUUGAUAAAACACUUUGUUGACCUCUUGAAUGUGAGAACCUUGGAGAAAAGUUGGCUCUUGAGACCCCCAUCCUUGUCUCAAAGUAAGAAGACUUAAAGCAUUGAAGCAUUGAAUGGAGUAGAGAUGUUCAAAAGAGUUCUCUUUAGCUGUUGGUGAAGGUUUUGGGUCACUGCCACUGGGUUUCUGCAUGACGAUUCUUGGCUUAAUGGUUAAAAAGAAUGUGUCUGCUUGUGGUAUGCAAGUUGAAAAGGUUUAAUUCUCUAAUAUCAC